ACUUGGCAUUCCCCCGCAAGCCAGGAAGGAGACAGGAUGGAAGAGUUUUCUGCAGCAGACUCUCUGCCCAGACCAUCCAACACAGCUUUUGCAAGUCAUCAACCAGCUAAACACCACCACACAGUAAUCAGGAUACAUAAACUGGGAAAGGGGAUACCUACAUCAAGAUGCUGGAAACAGGGAACUUCCUGUUCCCAUGCAGAAGCCCGGGUGCAGUGCAGCUUACCUGCAGAGACAGCACAGGCGUUUGGAAGUGACAAUGCCGCAAUGGGGCGGUGAAGAAGCACCAAAGGAGCAGCACACCAAGCUACACAACCAUUCAAGCUGGAGAAAUUAGACUAGCCCUGUCAGCAGCAUCUUUGAAAUACUUCUGCUUUUGAAAGCUGAGACACAUUUCCCCGCUGAAUUAAAACUGGAGUAUCGCUUCUGGAUAAGUUUCCUGAGUUCGUCAAGAUUUCUCCCUCAGUAGAGAUGGAGUUAGGACAGCCCAUAACGCAGCAACUUCUGACUGUUGGAGAUCCAGCUCCAGACGGCAUUGACCUUUUGCACCAGUAACCCUAAUGACCACUAGGGGCAUUGGGAGUAGAGACAGACAGAGCCCCUUGGAGAAAUGACAAGACAAUUACAGGCUUUGACAUAUUCAGCAGUGUCAGCAAGAAAGAAAGAAAAAAGGAUGUUGUAACAGGCAAUCUGCCCUUUGGGCACAGGUAACACAGAGAACAGAGGACGUGUCAUUAUGAAUCAUCGAGCUGCAGCUCCAAAGACAAGAGGUGAUAAUUGUCUGAGCAUAAAGAACUCUGAAUCCCUUGAUACCUACAUCCAGAAUACACUUUCCUCUCUCUACCCACCUUUUGAAGCUACAGCUGCUACUGUUCUGUGGCAGCUUUUCAGUAUUGUUGAAAAGUUCUAUCAUGGAGAUGGUCUCAGAUGUCUAAUUGAUUUCCUCGUCCCUGCCAAGAGAGUCUUACAGUGUAUCCAGCAAGAAACCUGUGGAAAUUAUACUGGUCUAAUUUUUUACCAUGAAGGAUGGCCAUUGUGCAUCCAUGAGAAAGUCAUAGUACAGCUAGCAUCUCUUCACAAAGUCCGUUUAAAACCAGGAGAUUUUUACUUUCAGAUUGUGCCGCUGGGAAAGCAGUCAGCUAACCUAGUAUUAAAAUGCCUCUCCAGACAUGGGCAAGGAAUGGAAGAACUUAUUAUACCUGAAACUAUGUAUGGGCAUAUUUUCACAACAGAGUUUUUGGAAAAUGUGAAUGGUGAACGUAAUGGCUGUCCCUUGCAGAGCUGCUUGCUGACCACGGGCCCAGCCAUAUAUAGGACCCCUUGGAAGAAUAUUGUGAAUCCCAUCUUUGUUCCUACAGCUGAAACAAUCCUGCAAAAAUAUCCUAAUAAUUCUCUGCUUGGAAAAUUAAUACCGAGCAACCCUAAUUCUAAGGGCACGACACAGACCAUGGAAAGCAGCAGCUCACGUGAGAGUUCCACUUCUAAUGAUACUGGCUCUACUGUGAUAGAGUCAGCACUUUCAGGCAAUCAUGGGAACCAGGGCAAUGAGGAUUCUGGGUUAUGUCAUGUCCCUGGAUGCAAUGAUCAGAUGCAAAGCUCAGAAGCUUCAGUUGAGGCUGGAGCAGUUGAAGACUUAAAUGAGAAAACACUUCCUGGGGGAUACGCAUAUAUGGAUUCAGUUGCAGAAGAAGCCUUCAAGGAACCUGAACAGACAUCUGAGUUGACAUCUGAAUGUAUGGAAGGAGAUGUGGUAAAAAAGAAUGGCACCAAAAGCAUAUCUUUUGGUACAGUGAGCAGUCCACAUCAGAGAGGGCGGGAUUCUGUGUAUUUCGAAACAAAACGAUUAUUUAGAAAGUCCUACAUAGAAGCUUUGCAAAAUCCAAUGAUCCUGGGUUCCAGUUCUGAGGAAUCCAUUGCAGAAGAAGAACCUUUAGAGCAUGGAAUAGACUCAGGAGAGCCAGGUGAUGAUUCCAGGACCACCAAGAACAAAAUCUGUGUGAACAAUAUUCAGCAAGAAAGCUCUUGGUCUGAGAAACCUUCAAAACUGGUAGAAACAAGAGAGUUUGAGGAUAGUUUCCAGGCUUCAGAAAAACUGCUUUUGUCUCAUGAGACUUCUCCAAUAGCAGGUUUCCGGUCAGGUUCAAGAAGAUUCCGAUCUUUAGAAAAUGCAUAUAAGAAUUCACAAAGUAAAGACUGUAAACCCAGGAUAUCCUCAGAUGGCGUGUUCAGUAUAAAUCCCAAAAGUUUUGUAAAGCUGGAUUCACAUAUUCAUGAAUUCCCAUCAAAAAGCAAAGAGGAUGAAGACUUAUCUAGAGACUCCAGAACCAGUUCCCAGGAUUGCAAAUCUAAUGUAAACUCAUCACCUCUGCUGCCUCACCAUGGAAAUGACCUGCUAUCUGCAAACACUGGGGACCCUGAUCAUUUGUUACCAAACCAGCUGCUUCAAGUUAAUCAAGAGUUAAUACAGUCUGGAAUAAUUUCUUUAUGUGGAAACCGGGAUCGUGGUGGAAGAGCCGUGGUUCAGGUCUGCAUAAAAAACAGUGCCUGGUUAAGUGAACAUUCCCGAGUCAAUGAGCUCACUCAACUUCUAGUAUACUUCUACAAUAUUCCCAGAAAGGAUGUCUGUUCUUUGGGACUGCUUAUUUUGGUGGAUGCUCGCAAAAGUCAGAAUGUACAUACCCUUUUCAAAGCCUUGGCAGCAUUACAGAGUGCAGUUCCUCAUUCCAUUCAUAGUGUUCUGAUUCUGACUGAUAAAGAAUCUACUUUUAGGCCUGACAAAGAAGUUGCAUUUCAGUGUGAAGUUCUCACAUCACUGAAGGCUUUGCAUAGAUUCAUUGACUGCACCCAACUGACAGCAGAAUUUGAUGGAACGUUCCCUUACAGUCAUGAAGACUGGAUAUGUUUCCGAAGAAAACUUGAGCCGUUCAUUACCAACUGCAAAGAGGCUGUUGUUUUCUUACAGUACUCUAUACAUUCACUCAGCAAUACCCAAACUCCAAGUACUGCACAAGAGAUGAAAGACUUGAUGAACAAACACAAGACAAUGAUGAAACUUGUUCUAGAAGAUGAACUGUUAGUGACCUUAAGACUUGAGGGUGGGACAGUCGUUGCAAGACUCAGGAAGGAGGAAUUCUGCAAUACAGAAGAUUAUCGAGAUUCCAUGGAGACUGUGACAAGGCUAUACAAUCAAGUAGAUGAAGAAGUCCAUAGGCUGGUUCUGUUGUCUAAUAAGUCCUUGCAACAACUGGAGAGUCUCUUGGCAAUGAAAAAGUUUGAAGAAGGCUGUGAUCAGAUAAAAGUCUGGUUUGAGCAUGAGAAAGAAAAAUAUCUUAGGCCUUUGGACCAAGAACAGCUUUCAAUUGAAAAUGUGAAAAGGCAGCAGGAAGAAUUCAUCAUUUUCAAUGAAAAAGCAAUGGAAGAACUUGGGCAGGAAGAAAGGCAACAUACUACUUGGAGUGUUUCAUGUUUUAUACUACAGCAAUAUUCCCAGAAAGGGCUACAGUUCAUCAAGGAGAAUUCUGCAUUACAAUCGGAAGAAGAAUUUCAGGCCUUCAGUAGGUAUCUGAAUAAUAUCUCUAUUCAAACAGAGAAGAGGAAAAGUGAACUGGAGAGGCUGGUCAAGUUGUAUGAAUUUUAUGAAACAGCUCACAAGUGGAUGGUUCAUUGUAAUGGGUAUCUUGAGCAGUUUUCAGUAGAGGCCAGAUGUUCUCAAUCAGCAAUUCAUUGUUUGCAAAGCUAUCACCAAGAAGCUUCAAAAGUUUCUGCAGAAAACUUUCAGAAAGUCAUUGAGGUUAUAAUUGCUUUGGGUAACAAAGAGGAACUAAAACAAUGGAACAUUUUAUGGCUCAAAUGUCUGCAGACCCGGCACCACUUAGAAGAGGUCCUUUCCGAAGCAAUUAAAGAUUACAGCAGAGAAGGAACCAGCAGUACUGUCAGAGAGAUUGGCCAGAAGAUUAGCCGUAAUCUUGGAAGAAAAUCUGGAACACAACCCAGCUGUUCUUCUAGUCUUUGCUCUAGAACUGAUGAUAACAUCUGGGAUAGUAAGUCACUUGAUACAUUUAAGCAUAGCAGCCUGCUACUGGAUGUCUCCCCUCCUUUAAGUAAGAAGGGCACCACUCAGGGCACAAAUGUGUUUUCUUCUGAUAAUCCUUCCUUGUCACAAAGACUAACUCCACUGUUGGGUAGGUGUAGGACUAGCCGUGUUUCAGAAGAUUUGGACAGUAUUUCUACCUGCUGUUCAGAGCCAAUCCAGACACCCACCACCCAUCACAAGAAGCACCCAUUAAAGAAGAUUAUGAAGAAGACAGAGAGCUUUGAUUUGGCCCAGCAUGAGAACAACUGCUGUGAACUACAUCACCCUGGAUACACUGGAGUUUACAUCAGAGGACUGGAGGUAGCCAGUAAUGUUGUUGCAGAGAAGAGAAACACACAGCGCCCAAAUAUUAAAAGCCCUUUGCUGUGUAGAAAUAGAAGUUUGUCCUCUCCAUCAAGAAUGUACCACAUGGAAGAUGAAGAAGAAGAGAAGAAAAGAGGGGGAAGCAGGAAAGUGAACCACAUAAUGGAUGAGAUGAUCACAACGGAGAGGGAAUAUGUCAGAUCAUUAGGCUAUAUCAUUGACAGCUAUUUUCCAGAAAUGGAAAGAAUUGACUUACCUCAGGAUCUGCGAGGGAAGCGAAACAUCAUAUUUGGAAAUUUGGAAAAACUCUAUGAUUUCCAUUGUCAGUAUUUCCUGAAAGAUCUGGAACACUGCACAGCCUUCCCCCUGAGAGUCAGCCACUGUUUCCUCAGACAUGAAGAACAGUUUGGGAUGUAUGCACUAUACAGCAAGAACAAACCACAGUCGGAUGCUUUGCUUAUAAGCCAUGGAAAUGCCUUCUUUAAAAAUCAGCAGCAGGAAUUGGGUGAUAAAAUGGAUCUGGCUUCCUAUCUGCUGAAACCUAUCCAGAGAAUGAGCAAAUACGCUCUCCUUUUGAAGGAUCUGAUCAAGGAGUGCUCAGCAGCACAAGAUCGGGAGCUUAGUGCCCUCCGUGCUGCUGAAGAAAUGGUCAAGUUUCAGCUUCGCCAUGGGAAUGAUUUGCUUGCAAUGGAUGCCAUCAGAGGAUGUGAUGUUAAUCUGAAAGAACAAGGACAGCUGAGAUGUCAGGAUGAAUUUAUUGUGUGCUGUGGCAGAAAGAAGUAUUUGCGGCAUGUCUUCCUUUUUGAGGACCUCAUCUUAUUCAGCAAAACAAAAAAGAUUGAUGGAGGAUAUGACAUUUACAUGUACAAGCAGUCAUUCAAGACAGCUGAGAUUGGGAUGACAGAAAAUGUUGGAGAUAGUGGUCUGAGAUUUGAAAUCUGGUUCCGUAGGCGAAGGAAAUCCCAGGACACGUACAUCCUUCAAGCAAAUUCUGCAGAAACUAAGAUUGUGUGGACUAAUAUAAUAGGAAAGAUUCUUUGGAGACAAGCCUUGCGAAACCGAGAACUUCGAAUGCAAGAAAUGGUGUCUAUGGGCAUAGGGAAUAAACCAUUCAUGGAUAUCAAGCCCAGUGACGCAGCUAUAUGUGAUCGAGCAAUAGAUUAUAUCAUGAAAGGAGCAGAGUCAAGGACUCGUGCCUCAAUAGCUGUUUCUUCAUUCGACCAUUCCACGCCAUUUAAGAGGCCUCAUUCCACAAUCUCAAACAGCAGUACCUCUUCGUCAAGCAGUCAGUCUUCCUCUUCCAUCCUGGGCUCGCUAAACCUGCACGUUUAUUCUACCCCAACCCAUCCUGGCUUAGUAGGACCCCCUUUCUACCACUGGUCAUAUGAUGUCAGAGCCUGUAUUGAGGAAGAUGAGCUGGAACAGGAAACUGGGAGCCAGCCCUCCAUGAUUACCGAGAGUUCUGAAUCAUCCCAGUGCACAUCAGGCGAAAGUGUGAGUGGUAUCAGCAGCUCUGUCCAGGCUGGGCUCUCCCCACUCCUUACAGAGACAUUUCUGGAUGAAGGCACUUCAAACCUUGCUCUUAAGUCUCCAACACAAGACACAUCUCCUGCCCUCUUGGAGAAGAGUCUCAGAUCAAAAGCCAGCACUCUGUGCAUUUCAGCUAGCAAAACCUCCCAAUUAUUAGGCCUCUCAACCAUGGUUUGACAGACAGACAUUUGUAUUGUUAAAUGAUGAUUUGGAGCAGAGUAUGUAAUAUGAACUUUGAGAACAUGAAUCUCUCAACAUGAACCUCUCAACACCUCCAACUCUCUCGGUUUUGAGUCACAUUCUUCUGUUCUGAAAAGGGAAUGUAUCCUUGUUUUAUGUAAGAAAUAUGGUCUUCCAUUUUUUUCAUGUUGACCUAAUUUUUUGUAUAUAGCAGCUGAGAUUUUGAUGUUACUAUAUUUUUGGAAAUCUUGUAAAUGCAGAAAGCAUUAUGUGUACAAAUAAAAAAUGUACGAACUGUGCUGAACCCCUUUGUAAAUAUAUAUUUUAUUGUCUUGAAUUAUAAAUCAUUCAUUUUUAUGGCACACUUUAAAAAAUCUUACUAGCAUACACUCCAGUAGGCCUCUAUGGCAAAAGUGAGUGUUUAUAAGAGCUGAAGUGUUUGGAAUAUAGGAAUAUUUCUAAACCGUGAAAAUAACUAGUAUUUGUAACCAUUUGUCUUGGAGGGUCUCAAACAUUUUCAGAACAGGCCUCCAUAUAGAAAACAAAACUUAUUUGUGUCCACAGUACCUAGAGCGCAUUCAGCCCAGUAGACUGGCUGACAGUCACACACUCAUCCAAGGAUACUAUGAGAGAGGUCAAAACCUUAUGGCUGUGUAUAUUCCAUGAUUCUGUGCAAGCACAGAAAAAGUGUCAAGUGUGGUAUCUGUUGCAGAAGUCAGCUUCCUGAGAUUCAUAGUUUUCUUGCUUGCCUUUUUUUUAAAAAAAAGGAUUAUGUUUCUAGUCCUUUGUGAAGGAUAGGCUGGGCAACCAGAGGGUUGAUAAUAUUCAACCCAAGGGGAGGGCUUUGGAACAUUUCAGUUUCUUGCCCAUUCUCAUGCCUAUCAAAUACAGGACUAUAGUCAUAGCAUAAUUAUAUAGGUUACAGAAUGCAUCUAUUCAUGCUACAGAAUUUCACACACACACAAAAUAUAUGUAGCCCUGAAACACAUUUACUACACCUAUGUACUCUUUCUAGAAACCUGAGAAUUUCAAUGUUUGUUUGUACUUGUGUUUUAAAGACAAAUUUAAAUUUUGUGACAAAUUCUGUGAUGAUCACAGAAAUAUGUUCAUUGAAGACAGAUGUAACAUUUGUAGAAUAGUGGGGCUGGCUGGAAGUGCUCUCUCUAUAUUAAGCACAAACAUACAUUUAUUCUCUCCAGAUACAACCUAUGAGGAGGGAAAUUGUUCUGCACGUUUGCAGCAGCUGGCUGGCUGUGGACAGCUCUGGCUAAUGUGCAUAAUGUUAAGAUGCAUACACCUCAUCUCUGGUGCAAUUCUGUAAUAUUUUUUUUUUAAGUUUCUAAAUUUUUAAGGUUAAUUAUGAUUGUAUCAUCAUGGAUACCUAUUCAUGUGGCACUUAUAAAGUCUGCCUGAAGAAUGGGGGAAAGGUAAGACUAAUUGGAUAGAAUGCAUAUCUUUCCUGCAAAUUCCAAAGCUGGGAGGAAUUCAAGCUCACACAAUAGGUAUAUGCACAAAUAGAUUCAGUUCAUCCAGUAUAGAUGUGCCGAAUCGUUUCAGCAGGUUGAGGAGCAGUACUUUUAAGCAUGAGUAAAGCAGAUCCUUACCUGUUCUUCUGCCGCCCCACUGCUUUUCUGGACGUGGUGCUGUGCCACUCAGAAGUUCGAGUGCAGCCACAGGACUUCACCCAGCAGCCUGUGUUCAGCGGCAGGACAUACAUGGCCACCAUGCAUGUCCGGCAGCCAUGUGCUUAGUCAGCAACACCAUGCUGACCACGCAUGGCCAGCACGCAUGCUCAGUGGCCAUGUGCAUCUCACCACCAUCCACAGGCUGCUGAGUGAAGCCCUGAGGCUGCACAUGAACUUUUGAGUGGCACAGUGACACACCUGGAAAAGCAGUGGGGCAGCCAAGGAGCAGGUAAGAACCUGCUUUACUGAUGCUUAAAGGUACCGCAUCCCAUCAAAACAUUCAUGCACAUCCCUAUCACACAAUAGGUGAUGAACCUACUGUGAGAUCUUUAAAUAUUGCAUCUGUCUAGAACAGGAAUUUCCUGUACUGAACAGGUUCAUCACCCAGACAAUGAAUUCUUAUACACAGGGCACAAGGUUUUAGAGCUGAGCCUCCCAAGGAAGCUCACUCUGCUAUCUGUGUUACUUUGGCAGUCUGGUAGUCUGUGUCCCUGUCUAACCAGGAGACAUACAAGAUGGACUUCAAGCCUCCUUUAGUAAGGGACUUAAGCUUCCAUUAGUGAAUGGCUGCACCUUCUUAAGGAGACCUGCCAGAUGUUCUGAGAACCAUUGGUUUAUGUGAAUCUAAAUAUGAAAACAGAAUUUUUCAUAUGCUCUUUAGGGGUUUUUAAUCUUGUUAGUCAAAUAUCGCCAUGUAUAAAGCCUUUUCAAGAUGGAAUAAUAAAGAAAAAGUUGUAUAACC